GCCUUGAUGAGCAGCUCAAGGUCUUCGUGUCCCGGCACUCGGCCACCUUCUCCAGCAUCGUGAAAGGCCAGCGGAGCCUGCACCACCGCGGAGACACCCUGGAGACGCUGGUCCUCCUAAACCCAUCAGACAAGUCGCUGUGUGACGAGGUAGGGAAGAGCAGCUGCUGGAGGGAGCGGGCUACUGGAACCACGCCAUCCCCGGCCUGACCUCCUGUGUCCCAGACUGUGCUGCCCGAAAUCCUCUUCUCAACACCCAGCAGCAGCAUCUCCUCCCCCGGGAAGCCUCCCCUGGUGGCUCCAGCCUCAAGUUAUUCCCUCCUCAGGAGCGGCGAUGAGAGGGUGGAGCAGAGCUCCGGGACCUUCUGCUGGACCCUUCCCCUCACAAGCUGCUGGUGCUGGCUGGGCCCUGCCUGGAGGAGACGGGGGAGCUGCUGCUCCAGACGGGGGGCUUCUCGUCCCGCCACUUCCUCCAGGUCCUGGGGGACAAAGAAAUCCUGGAUCUCCUGGCCUCCGCACCCCCACACGCAGACCUGCCCAAGCUCACCAUCACCUGCCCAACCUUUGGUGACUGGGCCGAGCUGGUCCCCGAGGUGCCCGGCCUCCAGGGCAUGCUGCAGCUGCGGUUGAACCCUCCAGCACAGGGGCCGGCCUCUGAGGGCCUGCGUGAGUUUCUGGAGUACGUGGCCGAGGUGCUGGAGCCGCCAUCCCCCUUUGAGCUGCUCGAGCCGCCGGCCUCCGUGGGCUUCCUCAGGCUUGCCCGGCCCUGCUGCUACAUCUUCCCCGGUGGCCUCGGUGAUGCUGCCUUCUUUGCUGUCAACGGCUUCACCGUGCUGGUCAACGGCGGCUCGAACCCAAAGUCGAGCUUCUGGAAGCUGGUGCGGCACCUGGACCGGGUGGACGCCGUGCUGGUGACCCACGCGGGCACCGACAGCCUCCCCGGCCUCAACAGUCUGCUGCGGCGCAAGCUGGCCGAGCGCGACGAGGCAGUGGCCGGCGGGGGCUCCGGGGACGACAGGCUGCGCAGGCUUGUCUCGCCCAGCCUUGGGGUCGUCUUCUUCAACGCCCGGGUGGCUGCCUCGCGUCUGGUGCGUGGCGAGGAUGAGGCAGAGCUGGCCCUGAGCCUCCUGGCCCGGCUUGGCAUCACGCCCCUGCCUCUGACCCGCGGGCCGCUGCCCGCUGAGCCCACCGUGCUCUUCCAGAAGAUGGGCGUGGGCCGGCUUGACAUGUACGUGCUGCACCCGCCCUCGGCUGCUGCAGACCGACCGCCGGUCUCCGUGUGUGCCCUGCUGGUGUGGCACCCCGCGGGCCCCACUGAGAAAGUGGUGCGCGUGCUGUUCCCUGGCUGCACGCCGCCCGCCCGCCUCCUGGAUGGCCUGGUCCGCCUGCAGCACUUGGGGUUCUUGCGGGAGCCUGUGGUGACCCCCCAGGACCUGGCAGGGCCUCGGCGAGCUGAGAGCAAGGAAAGUGUGGGCUCCCGGGACAGCUUGAGAAGAGAGAGCCGGAUGACAACACCUGCCAGGCCUGCCCAGGAGCGCCCCGCGGUGGCCCGGAAGGAGCCCCCACGGGCUGAGGCCCCUCGCAGGGCUGAGAAGGAGGCCAGGCCCCCCCGGGAAGUGAAGAAGGACCCUAAGCUGAGCACCCCUCGGACCCAGCCGCGGGAGGUGCGCCGGGCAGCCUCUGCUGUGGUCAGUGUCAAGAAGACCGGUGCCCAGGCAGCCCCCAAGCCCCGCAGAGCACCCAACACCCCCCACCCAGCUGUGCCACCAGCGGAGAAUGGGCCCCGCAGCCCCCCCAGCUUCCGGGGCCAAGAGGCCAGCCCACCCGCCGAGGCCUGCAGCUCCCCAGCCCCCCCACUGGCGGCAACACCCAGCCAGGAGAGCAGCCUGGAGCUGGGGCUGAGCCCAGCCGGGGAGGACGGCGGCAGCUUCGGGGAGAAGGCACUGGAGCUGCUGCUGGCCACCAGCACCCCCCAGCCAUGCACACCCUCGCCCCCCGGAGCCCCCCAGGGCCCGACCGAGGGCAGCGGGCGGCUGUCCCUAAGCCCGCUGCGGGGCGGGGAGGCCGGGCCGGAUGCCUCACCCACAGUGACCACGCCCUCGCUGCCUGCUGAGGUGGGCUCCCCACACUCCACAGAGGUGGACGAGUCCCUGUCCGUCUCCUUCGAGCAGGUGCUGCCACCACCAUCCGCCACCACGAGUGAGGCCGGGCUGAGCCUCCCGCUUCGAGGCCCGCGGGCACGGCGCUCGGCCUCCCCACAUGACGUGGACCUGUGCCUGGUGUCGCCCUGCGAGUUUGAGCACCGCAAGGCCGUGCCCCUGCUGCCAGCCCCAGCAUCCCCAGGCAGCUCCAACGACAGCAGCGCCCGGUCCCAGGAGCGGGCCAGUGCCCCAGGGGCCGAGGAGACACCACCCACGUCUGUCAGCGAGUCCUUGCCCACCUUGUCUGACUCAGACCCCCUGCCUGCCACCCCUGGCACUGCCGACUCUGACGAGGACACGGAGGGCUUUGGGGGCCCUCGCCGUGACCCCUUACCCGACCCCCUCAAAUUCCCCCCACCGCUGCCCACCCCACCCAGCAUCUGCAUGGUGGACCCUGAGAUGCUGCCCCCAGAGCAGGCCCGGCUGACAGAUGGCCUCAGCCGUGCGCGGAAGUCCCUGGCCCGCCCCAGCCCUGGCACUGCUGCCCCCAAAGCCUCUCCACUGACCACUGCCAAGACCAAGGGGCUGGCUGGUGGGGACCGGGCCACUCGGCCACUCAGCGCCCGGAGCGAGCCCAGUGACAAGGGAGGUCGGGCACCCCUGUCUAGAAAGUCCUCGGUCCCCAAGACCACCAGUCGGGGCCCAUCUGGGUCAGCCGGCAGCCGGCCAGGUGCGUCAGCGGCUCCGCCCGGCUCCCCCAUCUACCUCGAUUUGGCCUACCUGCCGAGCGGGGGCAGCGCCCGCCUGGUGGACGAAGAGUUCUUCCGGCGAGUGCGGGCGCUCUGCUACGUCAUCAGUGGCCAGGACCAGCGCAAGGAGGAGGGCAUGCGGGCCGUCCUGGACGCGCUGCUGGCCGGCAAGCGGCAGUGGGACCGGGACCUCCAGGUGACCCUGAUCCCCACCUUCGACUCGGUGGCCAUGCAUGAGUGGUAUGAGGAGACGCAUGCCCGGCACCAGGCACUGGGCAUCACGGUGCUGGGCAGCAACAGCACUGUGUCCAUGCAGGACGAGGCCUUCCCCGCCUGCAAGGUGGAGUUCUAGCUCUGCCCCGCCCCGCCCCGCCCCGCCCCGCCUGGGGGCUGCUGCGCUGUCCUGAGACUCACCUGCGUCAGAAAUAAACCAGGUCCUCUACUU